CUUCACGGUGACCUGCGACCGCCAGCGCUCCGUCGAGUUCUCCACCCCCUACAUCACCGCCUCGCAGCGGGUCCUGGUCCCGGCGGGCAGUGGUGUGACCGAGAUCGAGCAGCUGCGAGGGCGGCGGGUGUGCACCUCGACCGGCGCCACCAACGUCGCGGUGCUGCGCGACCUCGGUGCGGGUCUCGACGUGGUCACGAUGCCGGGCAUCCCGGACUGCGUGGUCGCGAUGCAACAGGGUCGGGUCGACGCGGUGUCGAGCGACGACGGCAUCCUCGCCGGUGUGGCCGCGCAGGACCCGCAGAGCGUGGUCGUGGGGCGCGCACUGGCCAGCACGCAGUACGCGGUCGGGACGAGCCUGGCGCCUGCCGAGGCCGAUCUCACCCGGUUCGUCAACGCCGUGCUGGACCGCGACCGGGCGAGCGGGGCGCUGACCGCGUCCGAGCAGCGGUGGCUCGGUGGCGUGCUCGUCCCGCUCCCGGCGGUGCCGCCGGCCCGUUACCGCGACUGACCGUCCGGGGCCGUCAGCGUGAUCGUCGUCCACGCGCCGAGCUUGAUCCGGUCGCCGUCGGCCAGCGCCACGGCGACGUGCGGGCGGAUCGGGUCGGCGGCGUCGCCCACGGUCGUGCCGUUCGUCGAGGCGAGGUCGACGACCUCCCAGCCGUCCUCGCCGCGCGCGACGAGCACCGCGUGCCGGGCCGAGACACCCGGGUCGGUCGCCCCGAGGUCGAGGUCCGGAUCGGUGCCGCGGGAGCGGCUGCGCCGGCCGAUCGACAGCUGCGCGCCGGCCAGCUCGACGCGUCGUUCGGCGUAGUCGCGGGGGAAGGUCAGGGUGUCGGCGUCCUCGCCGUCGCGUGCGCGGACCUCCUCGAACCAGGCCCGGUCGGCGCGCACCACGGCCGUCCACCCCGCGGCGGUGGUCGUGGGGGCAGGCGGUGCGGGCAGGUCGUUGUCGUGACCGCACUCCUCGCAGAAGCGACCGGAGCGGGGCUCGCCGCAGACCACGCACGCCUCGGCGGCGGGCGCGGGGGCACCCGCCGCCCCGACCGCCUCGCGGUCGUCGUCGGACGGCGCGGGCGCGUCGUACGCCGCGAGCGCCCCGGUGCCCGGCAUCGCGCGCCCGCAGGUGUCGCAGUACUCGUCGUCGGCGGAGGCGUGACCCGCGGGACAGUGCGGCACCGCUCAGCCCUCGCCCCGCGUGCGGCGCGUGCGCACCGACCGGAUGUCGAGGCUCAUCUCGUCCUCGGCGGCGACCGACGAGCGCAGGCGCACGGUGCCGGUGGGGGCGUCGACGACCUCGACGACCCGCGCCAGCAGCCGCGCGGUGUCGACGUGCCCGGACUCGUCGGCGAGGGCGACCGCUCGACCGAGGCGCGCGGUCGCCGUCGCGGUGUCGCCGGACUUGCGGGCGGCCAGCCCCUCCUGGAUCGCCUCCGCCAGCUCGGCCUGUCCGGUGUAGUGCGCGACCUGCCUGCUGAGCGCGGUGGAGCGCGCCUCGUCGUCGGUCCAGCAGGCGUAGACGGCUCCGGCGCCGAGCUCGGAGUCCGAGCCGGGCCGCAGCACGGACACCUUGGCG